CCGCCGCCGCCGCCGCCCGCCCCGCAGCCCACCAUGUCUCGCCGCAAGCAAGGCAAACCCCAGCACUUAAGCAAACGGGAAUUCUCGCCCGAACCUCUUGAAGCCAUUCUUACAGAUGAUGAACCAGACCACGGCCCGUUGGGAGCUCCAGAAGGGGACCAUGACCUCCUCACCUGUGGGCAGUGCCAGAUGAACUUCCCAUUGGGGGACAUUCUUAUUUUUAUCGAGCACAAACGGAAACAAUGCAAUGGCAGCCUCUGCUUAGAAAAAGCUGUGGAUAAGCCACCUUCCCCUUCACCAAUCGAGAUGAAAAAAGCAUCCAAUCCCGUGGAGGUUGGCAUCCAGGUCACGCCAGAGGAUGACGAUUGUUUAUCAACGUCAUCUAGAGGAAUUUGCCCCAAACAGGAACACAUAGCAGGUAAAUGAGAAGCAAGGAGAAAAGCUGUUUGCAUGUUUUCUUUUCAUUUUCAGAGGCGCUGUAGUCAAGCAGUAAGGAGUGGUGAAGUGCUUUCUGUAUUUCUCCAUCUGACUGUCCAUGACAGCCCUGUAAUGUUAAAAUAAUCAUUUCUAUAGCUUACAUUCAGGACACAGAAAAAUGUUUUCCACCUCAUGGACUCACAUGGAGGCAGAAUAGGUACAUGCACCUGACACCCUCUCUCACUGGAUCUGCUGAUUCUGAAUUUCUUUCCUUCCCCCUCCCCACAUCUCACUUUAAAGUAUUGAGGCUUGUCACACCUAGCCUAGUUUUCAGUGUCUAUUUCCAGCCUUGGUGACAUGUUACAGGCAGAGUGACCCUAUAGACAUGUGUAGUUCCACCAAAGACCUGUUUGACUUGGGAUACCUGUUCGGGUCUCCCUAGGGGUGCAGUUAGUUCUCAAGGCUU